GGGCCGAGCCCGGAGCGACGAGCGGAAGCGGCCGCGGCUGUUGGGUGAGGCGCGGAGAACGUUUUUCUCUGAGUCCGGGCCCGGCCGAACUCAAAAUCCCCGACCCCGGGGACGCCGAAAGAACCUAAGAGACUUGGGCUUCCGGAGCGGUCACCGCCGGCUGCCGCUGCUCUGCCUCUGCGCCGCCGUUGCCGGAGGACGCGGCCCUGACAGGCCUCCAGGCCGAGGUGCGGCCCGCGGAGCCCGACGUGCUGCUGUGAGUACUCCGAGAGCCCUCGCCACAGUCAUUUACGAAUUAAAAUGGAGGAGAUUUCGCUGGCUAACCUGGAUACUAACAAGCUAGAGGCCAUCGCUCAGGAGAUAUACGUAGACCUGAUAGAGGAUUCUUGUUUGGGCUUCUGCUUUGAGGUGCACCGGGCAGUCAAGUGCGGCUACUUCUACCUGGAGUUCGCAGAGACUGGGAGCGUGAAGGAUUUUGGCAUCCAGCCGGUGGAAGAUAAAGGAGCGUGCCGUCUCCCCCUUUGCUCCCGCCCUGGAGAGUCUGGGAACGGGCCUGAUCAACAGCUGCAACGCUCACCUCCGGAAUUCCAGUAGCUGGUAACGUGACAGAAUCUUGAGGGCAACCAGGACAGUAACAUAGACCGGUCCUGUGGUUUGGAGCAGUUGGGUAGCUAAGUAGAAAAAAAAAAAAACAAAAGACCUAAGUCCCAGUUCCCAUCGAAGAUCCUGGCCUUAAAAAUCCCAAAGUGGAGAAUUUAGGAAUUCGGAUCCUUUUAUUAGGCUAUUACCCGGGAUCAGCUUUGAAACCCUGGGUGGAAGGAGCUGUGCAUCCUGGUACCAAGCAGUGUACGUUGAUCGCUCAACACACCAGGAAGUUCACAAGAUCCCUGUACUGUUCCCCAGUGCACAGGUGAGCAGCUGUGUGCCCAGCACAUAAAUUGCUUUGGUUCAUCAACCUUUCCAUCUGCCUGAUGUCAGGGGCUUCCUGGAUAACUGACAGUUUGGACAUAACUGAUGGUCAGGCCUUAAUCACUGGGCCUCAGUGGGUCUGUACUUCUCAUCUCUCAGCCUCUAAUUUGUGCUUCUCCAAGACAAAUGUCAAGUCUGGUAUGAAAUCUGGACAUUAAUUCCAAUUUGGGAAAACCAAGAAGGAAUUCCCAGCUAAAUAUGACUGGGGAAGCUCUAUGGUCUUGGCUCCAACAGGAAGAAAAGGUUAAAGCCACCAGUUUCCCAGAGGCCCAAGCAUUUACAAUGACUUCAACGGAGCUGGGGACAAGGGAUAGCCUUUUACUGAGCAGAGCCCUCUUUCUUGUGGCCCUCUCUAUGGCAUAGGCUUGACAGAUGGACAGCUUGGUUGUGGAGACAGGCUUAGGAUUUAGUUAUAAUCCCUUGGGGAGAUGGUAGGGACCUCUGCAACUAUGCACGAUCUCUCAAACUGCAAGAACCUUAUAUGGGUAGAUUAUGCUGUGGACAGCACAUUGGCGGGGCAGUCAUUUUCCUGACUUGGUCAUUUUUCUGGGGCACUACCUGCCUGUCACACCAGGGGCAGGACAAA